UGGACUUUGGAUGAAGCUUUCUCCAUUCCUCCAAUGAAUUGAAGGAAGGGAUUGAACUUCACAAACUCGAACACAGUUCGGACAGUUGAAACUUUGCCAAGAUGAAGCUCAAAAUGUCCAAACCAACCCAAAUCUUUCUCAUCAACCUCACUGUUCUAAUCAUCAUCACUUUCCCCUUUUAUGGGAACUGUCAGCCUAGGAUGAAUCCAGAGAAGUCAAUUUUGCUUGAAAUCAAAGAGAAGCUUUCUUAUCCAUCCAAACUUUCCCACUGGAAUUCAUCGUCGGAUCAUUGUACUUGGCCGGAGAUCACCUGUGUCGAUGGCUCCGUCACCAGAAUCCAGGUAAAUAACCUAAAGCUGAAUCAAGGCAUCCCACUAUCUCUCUGUGACCUAAAAAACCUCACAUAUCUUAAUCUCAGCCUCAACUCCAUCCCUGGACCAUUCCCUGUGCUCGACAACUGUACUGAGCUUAUAUUCUUGGAUUUGUCCUGCAACAACUUAGCUGGUCCCAUCCCUCUUACAUUUUCUCCUCGUGACUUGCCGAUAGGAAAAUUGGGCGUGCCAGGGAAGAUUAUAGUCUUCAACUGCAGAAUGAAUAAACUGUCUGGUGAAAUCCCAUCAGAAUUUGGUCUUUUGCAGAAUCUUACUGAGUUGGACCUGUCUGGAAAUCAAUUUUCUGGGGAAAUUCCACCCGAUUUAGGGCGUUUGCGGCUAACUUCACUCAACCUGUCUUCAAAUUACCUCUCAGGGAAAAUUCCAGGUGAGCUUGAAAAUGCAGCUUUUUAUAAGAGCUUCUUGAAUAAUCCCCGUCUUUGUGCAUCCACCUCUUCAUUUGGCAUCAGUAUUUGUAACAAGAAUACCAGCAAUUCAUCAGAUAGCAAAUUAGUCAGACUUGCAGCUUUUCUUGGAAGCAUAGCAGGAACCUUGUUUACAGUAGUGGUUCUAUAUAUACUGUAUUGUUUAAGAAAGAAAUGGAAAGCAAGGAAAAGACUACACUCAAAUUGGAAGUUUAUAAAAUUCCAUAGUCUAAGCUUCACUGUAUCAGACAUUCUGACAAAUCUAAUAGAUGAUAAUGUGGUUGGGAGUGGGGGAUCAGGGAAGGUUUACCUGGUAACCUUACGUACAGGUAAGCAAGUUGCUAUUAAGAAGAUUUUGAAUCAUGAGAAGUUGGAUGAAAAGCUUGAGAAGCAAUUUGAAGCAGAAGUGGGGGUACUUGGCAAGGUUUGGCACUCAAACAUAGUGAAACUCGUGGCCUUUAUUGCUAGUGAAGACACUAAGCUUCUUGUGUAUGAGUACCAGGAAAAUCUCAGCUUGGAUUUAUGGCUUCAUCCAAAGAGAAGACAAGGUACUGCAAGGUCACCUCUUUGGAAAAUCCUGGAAUGGCCAACAAGGUUGCACAUUGCCACUGGGAUAGCUAAGGGGCUCUGCUAUUUGCAUCACUGCUGCUCCCCACCCAUUGUUCAUAGGGAUGUGAAAUCAAGCAAUGUGCUUUUGGACUCCGAGAUGAAUGCUAAAAUUGCAGAUUUUGGUCUAGCAAGAGAGUUGUUCAAGCCUGAAGAAUCUAACACAGUCUCAGCAGUGGCUGGCUCCUUUGGCUACAUUGCUCCGGAGUAUGUAAGUAUAUGUAAAGUGAACGAGAAGAUUGAUGUGUACAGUUUCGGGGUGAUCCUUUUGGAGCUUGUUACUGGAAAGGUAGCCAACGAUCGCAGUGAAGAUUUGUGCCUGGUUGAUUGGGCAAGGAAAUACAUCAAAGACGAAAAACCCAUAACUGAUGCACUUGAUGCUGUUAUCAAGAAGCAAGAGUACUUGGAUGAGAUGCAAUUUGUGUUCAAACUUGGGAUAGUAUGUACCAACAAAACUCCUUCCAGUAGGCCUACCAUGAAAGAAGUGGAGGAAAUGCUGCAGCGUCAAACAUCAUAUGCAGACAACAUAAAUGGAAGUGAGCGCGACGCUUCACCACUCAUUAAAAGCUUCAACAUACAUUCAGGGAGUAAAUAGAUUUGACUGGUUGAGAUUUAGUCAUAAUUAAAUAGAAUUUAAUUAGUUCAGACAUUAAAUAUAUUGGGGUAUAUAAUAUGGUCAUGAUGUGAGACAUUUAAAUCUUUCUUCUCAAAGAGACAUUUAAAUCUUUCCUUCCAUCACACAUUAUUUAAA